UAUAUUCUUUGUUGGGGACAAAUGACAAUUGACAUUGACAUAAUAAAAAAAAAUAUAUUAAAAUAAAUAACCUAGAAAAUUAAAAUGAAUUCAAAAUUUAAUUUUUAGAGUAUAAAUUGUAAUAUAAAAGCACAUUUUGUGACUGUGUGUUUGUGGUAUAGAUUAAGUUCUCUGUAUCAAUUGACUAAAACAGUCGUUGGAAAAGAAUCGGAAAGAAAGCGAACAAAAUGCCUGAAGACAGUAAGAAAAAUCAACAAAAAGGUAAAAAUGACCCCAAAGAUCAGAGGAAACGUCGAGGCCGCCAACAUACUGCUCAAGCUGAGGGAAAAGUUGAAAAGCAGCCUGAAGCACCUAAAGCCCCAGAAAAGCCAGCCUAUGAACCACCUCCACCAGAAUUCUAUCAAAACUUGAAGAGGGAAACCGAUGAGAUUCUCAAAAUUACUGAAGAAGCCAACAGUAAAUAUAAGAAGAAGGAAAUACAGAGCAAUUGGGCCAAAUAUGAGAUGCCAAUUGAGAGCUAUGAAGAAAUUGAUGAACAAGAGAACUUGGGAGCUGAUUAUGAGACCCUGAUACAAGCGCCUCUUACAGUUGGUGCACAUUUUCAAUUCAAACAUGAGAAAUCUUGGGACAUUUCCACAAGUCCUUCGCCAUAUGACAAAUAUUUUGACAUAAACAUGGAUAACUUGUUCAUAGCCCUCUCCACCAUACCGUUUUACGAACGAAACAGCAUUGAUACAUCAAUCUUCAAUGAGACUGAUAUCCAAAAUAUGGAUCAUAGAGCAAAUAAAUUAUACAAAUAUAAAUACUACAAUGAUAAGAAAUUUAUCUCACCAGCAAUAGAAGCUAGCGAGAAAAUCCAGAAUCUAUUAAAAUCAAAUGAUAAAGAUGAUGAAAUAGAGUCUGAUGAUACUUUAAGAACCAAAAGUGAUGAAACACUAAAUCAACUUAAAGAUAUUAAAUUAGAAGAAUGUGAAGAACAUGAAUAUAAUAAAGAUAUUAAAGAUGAUAAUCAAGAAAACACUGUUGCUAUUAAAGCACCAAAUACUACUAUUGAUGAACCUGUACAGUGUCCAAAAUCAGUAUCUGCAGAUAAUUUUGACUUAUCUAAUGAUACAAACAAAACAAUAAUACAAGAAGACAAGGAAACAAAAACAAAUAAGAUUUGUGACACUGAUAAAAAGAGUGAUGAAAAUAAAAUCACAUUCAAUGAACUUAAGAAUGACAAAGUUAAAACAGCACCUGAAUCUGAAAGUAAACUGGUUGUUUCGAAACCAGUUGAUAGCUUACCAAAGGAAAAGGAAUCUCUCAAAGCAUCUAGUCCUCAAAAAGAUGGCAAUUCUGUACAAAAUCCUGUAAUAGAAUCCCCUGAAGACCUUGAAAAGUGGCUCGACGACUUUUUAGAUAGUUGAAGCAGAUAUUUAUUUACUUCUGUGAUAUUGUGUGCUUGUACAUUAUAUUAUUUAUAUUAAAGGUGUAAAUUAAACGAUAUUUAAAUUA